AUGAAGUCCAACGUCAUGCAGUACUGUGUCAUCUCGAUGGUGAUUGCUGACUGUCUCAUCAUUGUUCUGGAGCUUCUCAUCGACAUGGAUUUCAUCGUAUUUCCCGAAGAUAGUCAACCACAUCACAGCGCCGGCCAUGAUGCCUCCCAUUCUGCUGCCUACAACAGCACCACUUUCACCACACAUCAUCCUGAUCACUUUCCACACACUUCCUUUUCUUCUUCAACCACACCUUAUACAACAGGUUUCUGUUCUUGUGGGUGUCCACUGUUCCGCAGUUCACAUGAUGACACCACCAGCCAGGCCACUCACACUGUCCACCAUCACAGCAACAAAGAGAAGGCAGAACACAUCCUGCAUGCGCUGAGUCUGACCAUUCUAUCUCUGUUUAUGAUCGAGGUAUCCCUGAAGAUUUAUGUUGAAGGCAGACAUCUACUGCGACAGAAAGCUGAGGUCUUUGAUGCCGUCGUGGUAAUAGUGUCAUUUACCCUGGACAUCGUCUUUAGCUUUGUGUCGAUAGAAAGCGCUGCAAAAGAUGCCGCUGGGCUCAUGGUCAUUCUGCGAUUGUGGAGAGUCACCAGAGUCAUCAAUGGUAA